CCUCAGCAUCUUCCGUCACUACUGCUGUUAUAUUCUAAACCAGUUCAUAAACAGAUAAACCCUAGCCUUAAAAUCCCUAAAAUUGCCACAUCGUUUCGUUUCUAGUUCUUUUUCGCAAUGGAUGGCGAAGACGACGCCCCGAAAUCAUUGAUGGAGGAGAUGUACGCGAACGGCAUCGAGGGCGUUGACGAUGCGCCGUCAUCCUCAACUUCGACAACGAUCCGGAAGAACCGGCCCAUCAUUAGCGGCGAGCAGCUAGACAUCGAGGCCUACGCUGCGCUUUACUCGGGCCGUACCAAGAUCAUGCGGCUCAUAUUCUUAGCUGACCACUGCGACAAUUCCGGGAUGCAAUUGGAGGCCCUAAGGAUGGCUUACGAUGAGCUCAAGAAGGGGGAGAACACUCAGCUAUUCCGUGAAGUGGUCCAGAAGAUAGACGGUCGAUUGGGUCCCAACUAUUCGACGGAUGCCACGUGGUGCGCUAUGGUUGAUCGAAAAGCCGACCAAAGGAAAGAUAAACUCGAGAGCGAACUCAAUGCCUACAGGACGAAUUUAAUCAAAGAAAGUAUAAGAAUGGGAUACAAUGAUUUUGGAGAUUUUUACUAUGCUCAUGGCGCACUGGGGGAUGCUUUUAAAAGCUAUGUUCGAACUCGCGAUUAUUGUACAACGUCAAAGCAUAUUAUUCAGAUGUGUUUGAGUGCAAUUCUUGUGAGCAUUGAGAUGGGUCAAUUUGCUCAUGUGACAAGCUACGUUAGUAAGGCUGAGCAAACACCCGAGGCACUUGACCCUCCAACUAUUGCUAAGCUACGUUGUGCUGCUGGAUUGGCUCAUCUGGAGGCUAAGAAGUACAAGCUUGCUGCUCGUAAGUUUUUGGAAGUGGGUCCUGAACUUGGGAAUUCCUACAGUGAAGUGAUUGCCCCUCAAGAUGUUGCUACUUAUGGUGGGCUUUGUGCACUUGCAAGCUUUGAUCGAACUGAACUGAAGAACAAAGUUAUAGACAAUAUCAACUUCCGGAAUUUCUUAGAGUUGGUACCUGAAGUAAGGGAGCUUAUUAAUGAUUUUUACUCGAGCCAUUAUGCUUCCUGCUUGGAAUAUCUUGGAAACCUCAAAUCGAAUCUGAUGCUUGAUAUCCAUAUACAUGACCAUGUUGAGACCCUGUAUGAUCAAAUCCGGAGCAAAGCCCUUAUCCAGUACACCCACCCAUUUGUUUCUGUUGAUAUGCGAAUGAUGGCUGAUGCCUUUAAAACAAGUGUUGCAGGACUUGAGAAAGAACUUGAAUCCUUAAUUACUGACAACCAGAUACAGGCUCGGAUCGAUUCACACAACAAAAUUCUUUAUGCACGACAUGCUGAUCAGAGAAAUGCAACUUUCCAGCGGGUUUUGCAGACUGGCAAUGAAUUUGAUUGGGAUGUGAGGGCAAUGCUGCUGAGAGCAAAUCUUCUCAAGCAUGAGUACAAUCUUAGGGCUUCCAGGAAAAUCUGAAUUCUGGACUGAAGCAUUAUCAAGAUAUUCUUGCAAAGGUUCCUUCUAUGGCUGGGCCUAGGUUCUGGAUGUGCUGAGGCACUAUUGUAAGACCUUAAAAAGGAGAUUGGCUAUCCAUGAUGAUGGAUUUGCAUUUUGAGGGUUUUGGGAUACACACUUCUGUAUAUACUAAAAAGCUUAUCUCAUAAGUGUUACAUUAUUUGUUUUUCUUUACAUUGUUAUAAUAUUUUCUGCUCAUGUGCAAUUUGAUAGAA